AUGUUGCCUUAUAAUGGUGGUAGUGCUACCGUUCUUGGUGAAGAGAUGAUACCUAUAGAACAACAACAACAGCAACGUGAACGUAGUCUUUCACCAGAUAGUUUAGAACAAAGACUAUUUAAACAACAUAUAAUACCAGAUAAUAUUGAUGAUGAUGAAUCAUUUUUAUCAUCAUCAUCAUCGUCGUCAUCAUCUUUAAUCGAUUCAAUCAGUAUUGAUCAACAACAACGUCAAUUAAAUUCAACAAAAACUAUUGUUCAUAAAUUAACAUCACAUGGUCUUCUUAAUACUUUAUCAUUUUCAAAUGAUGAUAAUGAUGAUGAUAUUGAUGAUGAUCUUGAUGAAAUUCAUAUUGAUCAAGAUGAAGUUAAUUUACUUUUUUCUGAUCCAGAUGAUGGUAUUUUAUGUCGAUUAUCUAAUGAAUUAAAUGAUAUAGACGAUGAUAAUGAUGAUGAAAAUGAGGAUUUUCGUCAACAUAUAUAUCCUUUACCUCAUGUAACAUCACCAAAUUUCGUUAUUUCAUCAUCAUCAUCACCAUCAUCAUCAUCAUCAUCAUCAUUAUCAUUACAAGAGCAGCAACAAGUAUAUACAUCUUAUCAUUUUCUUGAUCCAAUAUCUGAAGCUGCUAGUGAAGAAGAACGUCGAGCAGCUAUAUCAAUAAUUCGUCAACAACAAAAACAUAAACAUAGUACAUCAUCAUCAUUAUCAAUAAGUGCUAAUGAACAUUGUGAUGGUGAUACAACAACUAAUGAUGAUCUUUCAACAUUGAGUGAUAUUGAUGAACAAAAUACAUCAAUGGAUGAAAAUUCUAUUUCACAAACAUAUUCACUAUAUCGUGAUCAACAACAUAUAAAUAAAAAACGACGUCAUAAAGAGAUUUGUUCUAUAAAUUGGUCAACAAUAAACGGAACAAUCGAUACCAGUGGUGGCUCUGAUGAUACAUUGGAACGUCUACGUAAUAUAACAAAAAUGUUUGGUAGUAAAAAAAAUGAAGAUGAUGAAGGACAAAAAUUACAAAAAGUUGAAAAAGUAGCACCAAGUGACAAAAUCAAAAAUACAUUUCUAAAGUUUGAAGAUAUUGGUUCUUCAAACGGUCUUCAAAAUGAAGAAGAAGAUGAAGAUGAAGAUGAUACUCAACCGUCAGAAUCUGAUGGCAUUGUUCGAUCAACACGAAAAAAGAAACCACCAAAAGAACAUGUUCCAUACCAUGAAAUGGCAGAAGUUAAAGAUAAAUUUGAAAAAGGUUUAAUUGAUAGUGAUAAACCACGUGGAGAAAAACGUUUAGAUGUUCGUGUACAAAGUGGUUUAGCAUCAUCAAAAAAACAAGCAUUUGAACAAGGUGAAUUCGAACAAGAAGUUGAAUCACAUGUUAGUAAAGUACAAAUCGAUACAGAUCUUGUUGCUGGUUUAGCAUCAUCAAAAAAACAAGCAUAUGAACAACAUCAACUUGAGAAUGAUACAAAUUUACCAAAAACAGUUAUUAUUGAUCGUGAUUCAAUGGCUGGUGCUGCAACAGAAAAAAAAGCUAUAUUUGAAAAAGGUGAAUUCGAUCAAGAUUAUCAUGAAUUUGGUUCAAAUCGUGUACAAGCUGAUGCUGAUCUUCUUGUUGGUGCAGCAACUGAAAGGAAAGCUAAAUUUGAAAGUGGUCAAUUAUCUGAUCGUCCAAUAACACCAACACGUCUCGAUGAAAUGUCAACUAUUGUUGAAACAGGUCAUGCACAAUCAAAACGUUCAGAAUUAUUAUCAAAAUUUGAAGCUGAACAACAAGUACAACGUUCAGGUGAUCGACAUAUUGAUAUUGAAUCAGAUAGUGGAUUAGCAAUAGCACGACGUGAACAAUUAGCAUCAUUAGCCAGUACUGAAUUUAAACCAACAGAAAAACAUAUUGAUGUAACAACUGGUUUAGCAAGUACAAUUAAAGAACAGUAUAUGGCUGAUACAAGUAAAUCAGUAAAACCAACAGUUCAAUCUAUUUCUGUUGAAAGUGGUUUGGCUAAAAGUCGUGCUACAGCAUUUGAAAAUCCCGAUGACACUACUACAAUCAAACGAACAGUAGAAAUUGAUAAUGAACUUCUUGAACGUGGUGUAGCUAAAGAACGUGUAGCUAUGUUUAAAAAUUUAGAAAGUGGUGCACAAACAACAACAGGUGCUAGUGGUGAUUCAAAAAUACGUGUUGAUGAGAACGGGAACGUUGUACGUGAAAGUGAUAAACGUGAAGAAAUCUAUUUUGAAAAGGGUCAAACAAAACAACUUGUCGAACAGUGGAAAACAAAACAAACUUCACCAGAACGAGAUACACCUGACGCUCAAGUUAUACGGGACGCUGAAAUACUUCAACAAGGUAAAGCAAAGGAUCUUGUUGAAAUGUGGAAAACAAUGGAUAAAGAGAACACACCACCUCCUGAAAGACGUGGACCACGUGCAAUUACACCACCACCUGACAACGAACGACGUUUACCGCCUCCUGAAGAUGAUGAAACAACUUUUCGGAAACCAGGCUAUGCAGAUGAUAAAGCUAAUAUUGAAUCAGGUCAUGCCAAGGCUGUUCGAGAAAGUGACGAAGAGUGUCAUGGUGUCGAUAGCCUUGUUUCUAUUAUUAAUGACUUAUGGAAUAAGAAUACUAAUAAUGAUGAACUUAUGCAAAGUGCUGAACAAAAUAAUACAGCUAACACAAGAAAAACAUUAAAACAAAUCACACCACCACCAGAAGGUGUUCAAAGGAGAUCAGUAUCACCAACGGAUACAGGAAAUAGUUCAAGUGGUCUAAUAGAACAAUAUAAUGAUAAUGAAGAAUUUGUACCUACUAAAGGUCAAGCUCAAUCAUUAAAAAAUCGCUUUACUGAAUUUGAAAAAGAUGCACUUAAAGUUGAAACAGCUUCAUCUAAAAUAAAAUAUACACCAAAACGAUUUGUUGAUACACCUGCACCUAAACAGACCAAUAAUGAAUCAGCUGUUGAUCCAAAUAAAUGUUCUGUAUGCAAUAAAACAGUUUAUGCAAUGGAAAAAAUUGAAGCAGACAAAAAAAUUUAUCAUAAAUCAUGUUUUAAAUGUAUGCAUUGCAAAUCGAUAUUAAAACUUGGAAAUUAUACGGCUAAUGAUGGACAAAUUUAUUGUAAACCCCAUUUUCUUCAAUUAUUUGCUAUAAAAGGAAAUUAUUCAGCUGGUUUCGGUCUCAAUGAUCACAAGGCACGAUGGUUAUCAAAUUCUUCUUCAUCUUCUUCUCCUAGUAGUAUAUCAAAUACACACGAGUCAACAUUGUCCAACGAAAGUUAA